AUGGAGAGUAACUUUGUUUUAUGUUGCCCAGAGCCUGAAAUUACCUGCGGACUCUCGGAUAUUUAUGCUCUUCGUGGGCAGCCUGCCGAAUUAACGGUGACGAUGAGCACAGACUCUGACGGCACCUGGUUCAAAGACGGCGAGCAGUUAAGCUCAGGUGCUGGGGUCACCAUAACCAAAGAUGGAACGUCUCACAAGCUGACAAUUCAAAGCUGCAAUGAUGACGACUCUGGAGUUUAUCGCUUUGUAUCAGGGGAGCUCAGUACACAAGGAAAGGUCACUGUCGGAGACGUACCUGAAUUUGACCCGGACGACCUUCACAAGUUCUCCAAACCUGUGAUCAUCAGAGUGGGCCAGAACGCUGCUUUCAAGAUGCCCUUUCCUCCUCAGGAGUCUUUGGUGGUCAGCUGGUUCAAGGACGGCACCGAGAUCAAAGACGGAGGAGGAGUUAAGAUCGUUAGGGAGCCCAAUCACAGCCGUCUGCUGAUGAGAGACUGCCUGCGGACAGACGCAGGGGAAAUAAAGAUUCAACUCAAAAACCCAUUUGGAGUUGCGGAGGCCACAUCAAGGCUUAUUGUGCUCGAUCGCCCAGGUCCGCCGGAGGGUCCAGUGGAGACGGUUGAGACCACCUCAUCUAUGAUUGAGAUUAAAUGGAGCCCUCCUACAGACGACGGCGGCUCCGCUGUCACCAACUACAUUAUAGAACGGCAGCAGGCAGGACAGUGUCUGUGGACGAAACUAGGGGACGUCUCGGCUGACAAGACCUCCUUCAGAGACAGGAAUGUCACUCAUGGAAAGAAAUACAGCUACCGCAUAUACGCAGAGAACCCAGAGGGCCUCAGCGACGCCCUGGAGACAGCUGAUAGCAUUAUGGCUGGCAUAAUGAUACUCUCCGGUCCACCUGGUGCCCCCAAAGUGGUGAGUGCCUCUAAGACCUGCAUCACCUUGACCUGGACCCCUCCGGAAGACGACAGAGGAGUACCGAUCAUUGGUUACCAAUUAGAGAAACGAAAGAAGGACACAAACCAGUGGAUUGCCCUGAAUGGACUUAAUGAACCUAUUGAAGAUGUGAACUAUGCAGUUAAAGAUGUCACGGAGGGCGCAGAAUAUGAGUUCAGGGUUUCAGCAAUCAAUGAGUCAGGAGCAGGAGACCUGAGCCCCCCCUCCGCAAUGGUGUGUGCAAAGAAUCCCAACAUGAGACCUUGUUUUAAGGACCCAGAGGACUUCAUUGUUGUCAGAGCAGGAAAUUCUGCACGUGUUAAAAUUUGCUAUGAGGCUGAACCUCCACCUCAGAUCACUUGGCUGAAGGAUGAUGAGCCAAUAUCCCCGUGGAUUAAUAUCAUCAAUACAGAGGGAAUGUCUCAGCUUGUUAUUCCCUCAUCAAAGCGCUCAGAUUCGGCCAUUUACACAAUCAUAGCCAAAAACUCUGUGGGGGAGGCUUCAUUUGACGUUGAGGUCAGAGUCACAGAUGAACCCAAGAUCCCGGGGCCAGUGGAGCUGGAGCAAACAGUCCACGGCAAGUUACUGGUAUCAUGGGCUCCUUCUCCGGACCAGGAGCUCGACGACCGCCUGUACUACGUGGUGUCUCAACACGACUCGAACAACAGAGUGUGGAAGACUGUAGCAGACCGCCUGUUUGCGAACACAUACACAGCCAACAACAUCCUUCCUGGGGUACAGUACCACUUCCGGAUCUACGCCAAGAAUGAUGUGGGUCUCUCAGAUCCAUCUCAGUCACCAACAUGGGGCGCCAACAGCAACAGAG